AUGUCAAAUGAAGCCAGUUCAGAGCAGAAGCUUUCUACAACAACAGUCAGUUCAGUUGCUGUUCAGGCCGGGGAUGCCAGUAUUGUUAUAGCUGUACUUAAGUGUGGAAAAUGGGUGAAGCUUCAGCUGGCUGAAUCAACACCGAAUUUAUUAGAAAUUGGCAGCAAUCAAGAUGAGACUAAAAAACUACUGCAAGAUCAUGAAUUCCUCCUAGCUAAACUUAAGGCUUUGGAAGACCAGGUCUGGGACCUACUCCAUGAAGCAGACAAGGCUGCAGAGGAGAACAAAGAAAAAAGUCAGGUUUAUGAUGCUAUGGCAGAGACCCUAGGGGAUGCAUGGGAUGCCCUCAUCAUUAUGUUAGAGAAGCGUCAGGCACUUCUGGAACUUACUUCAGUGUUCUUUGAAAAUGCUCUGGAGUUUGCUGUUAAAAUUGACCAAGUUGAAGAUUUCCUGAAAAAUGCCCAGGAGUUUGACAAUAUUGACUCUUUGAGAGAACUCCUUCUGCAACAAGAGCAUCAUACAAAAGAGCUUUUGGAAAAGUCACUUGCACUUUUAAACAAAAGCCAAGAGCUAACUGAAUUCAUAGAAGAAUUCAAAUGUGAGGGGCCAAAUGCAAAUCCAGAGCUGAUUCAGGGAGCCCACAGCAGCUGCUUGAAAAUUGACAAUCUCCUUGAAAUGCUACAAGACAGGAGACGGCAACUGGACAGAUUUCUUAAACAUCAGCACCAAGGACUGGAGCAGGUUCUGCAGAUUUGCUUGUGGCACCAAGAAGAGAACCAGGUAACAUCUUGGUACAAGAAAAACAUCAGAGAUUAUUUUCACAAGCAAAACUUGGGCUCAUCUCUAUUGGAAAAUGAAGAGUUACUUCAAGAGCUUGAAGAAAUGGAAGUCAAAGUUAAAGAAUGGAAUUCCACUGUGGAACAUCUGGAAGCUGAAGCACUUAAGAUCUUGCUAUCAGAGGACUAUACAGAAAAAGAACAUCUAAAGCUUUCAAAUGAGAAAAUCUGUCUGUUGCGAGAAGAAGUGUGCUUCCAUAUGGAAGAAAGGAAAGCCCUGCUACAGGAGGCCAAUUACUUUUUUCAUACUGCUGGCAAGGUACUUGAUGGUCUUGAAAGUAUUGAGAAUUACCUUAAAAUCUUUAAUUCAGAAGGCUCACAUCUGCCUAUCUUUACAGUGAAGUAUGAGGAAUUACAGGAAGCAAUUAAAGGUUGGACAGCAUGUGCAUUGCAAAAGGGACAAACUUUACUUAAUAAAGCAGAUUGUCACAGCUCUCGGGUGACAGGAAUUCAGAAAAUGAUGGAAUAUGUUAAAAAAAAAGUAGAUCAAUUAAUUAGGCAGUGUCCAGAUGAUAAAGAAUUUACUUUGAAGAAACUACAAUGGACGGCCUCACUUGAAGAUCAUCUAAAUAAGGUGUCGGAGUCAAUUAAGAAAAUCACCCCAAUGGUUGCAGUUGGUAUGGAGAUUGGUUUGUGUUUGCCUGAGUUGGAAAGAGUUUUGGAUAAACACCUUGAACUGGCUAAACAAACAAAGGAAACUUCACAUGAACUGGAAGCAGCUGAGAGAAUCAUCAAAGAUAUGGAAGAGUUUGAACCUGAGCAGGUGGCAGCUUUUUCUGUCAGAACUGACUUUCUGAAUAAAGAACUGAAAAAAAUGGAAAAAAAGCUUAGUUCAAAGCUAGAAGUUCUAGAAAGUUAUGUGGCCUUUUUAAAAUCAUCUGUGGAGGUGAAUGAUGAUAUUAAAAAUCUGAAGGAAUUCUAUAAAUCAGAUCCACUACAAACAAACAAGGAAGCAGAAAAAAGAAUUUCAAUGGAAUCAGCUAAUAGUCAGUGGCAACAGGCCAUAAAGAAGAUUUUUUCCACCCAAAAUAUGGGUUGUAAUUUUCUUAAUGUAGUAAAUAUGGUAAAUGAGAGUUUAAUAUUAAAAGCAGAAAAAUCUAUUCGAGUAACAGAAGAGAUAAUUGUUAAUCUGAGUAAAGAAAAGAAAGAGCUGACUGAUCUUUGGGCAAUCUGGAAUUUUAAAAUUACUCAAGUAAAACCCGUCAAACAACAGUGCCAGAUAUUUAAAGAACAACUAAAAAUUACUACCCAUGGAUUAGAGAUUCUUCAAGAAGCACUCCAGCUUGCAGCAACAGUUGACCUUGGAAGUGACCUUUUCAUUGUUUUGGAACUACAAAAAAAGCUUAACCAAAUGAAACCACAGUAUCAGCAACUGAAUGCUGAGCUUGAGUACCUAAUAAAAUUAUUAGAAUUGCCAAGCCAGAAAGGAUUUCCUGUGAAAGAGAAUUCUGAGAGAAUACGUGAGCUUAUUCAUCUCCGUCAAAUAGUAAAGGACACAAUGACAGAAUAUGAUGAAAUUUUCAACAAGACAGUCAAAUUCCAUCAUAUUAAAAAAGAACUGGAAUGUCUGUCAAAAUCAGGAGAACAUGAUAUUCCUGAAAUAUGUGAGGACCCUGAAAAUGUGCACCAUGCUAAAGCCUACCUUGUGAAUGCUCAGGAGAAACAUGCACAUAUCAGUCAGCUAUAUAAACUGCUUAUUACCCAGGGAGUGGAUAUGUUGUCUGCAGUGCAGCAACCUAAUUGCUUGAAUGUUUCUGUAAAGAAUCUGAAGCAAGAACUUGCUAGAUUUGAGUGUGAUAGCAUUAACUGGAGCUCCAAAGCUAAUAAGUAUGAAGAAGAACUGUCACAGCAUUUCCAGCACUGCACCACUCAAGAGGAGAUAAAUGAGCUGAGAGAGUCAUUUAAGGAUCUCAAAAAGAAAUUCAACAAUUUGAAGUUUAACUAUGUGAAGAAAACGGAAAAAGCUAGAAAUUUGAAAGUACUUAAAAUACAGAUUCAGCAAGUUGAUACGUGUGUAGAGAAAAUACAGAUUCUUAAGAAGAAGGUGGAUAAUUUAGAGAAGAAAGUCAUUGGCUCUUUAGCAAAUGAACCUAAUGCUAAAGUUAGAGUCCUCUCAGGGUCAAUCAGUGACUUACAAAAACAGCUGAAUGACUUCAUUAGAGUUGUGGAAGAUUACAAGCAAAAUCUGGAUCUCGUGGAGCAUCUGCAACAGAUGAUGGAAGAGUGUCAAUUUUGGUUUGAAGAUGUGAGUGCAACAGUCAUUAGAGUUGGCAAGUAUUCUGCAGAAUGCAAAACAAGAGAAGCAAUAGAGACUCUCUACAACCAAUUCAACAAGUUUAUUGAGCCUACAGUGCCUCAACAGGAAAAAAAUAUUCAGCAGAUUAUGGACCUCGCUGAACAGUUAUAUGGUAUUGAAGAUGGAAAGAAGUAUGUUGAAAAAGCCAUAUUAAAGUACAAAGAAAUAAUUAAUUCUGUCGAUGAGUUAUGUAGAUCUCUGAGAGAACUUAAGGAGAUUAAGGAGACGAAUAAAUUGGCUGAUGUUCCAGUUAUCUGUCCAGCUGGUGAAGAUCUUGUUUCACAGGAUACAGAGAUGUCAUCUUCAGCCAAAGAGGAUAGUUUACAGACUGGAUUCCUGGCAGAAGAAAUACCCUCCAGAGAUGAAUAUGAGUGUAUAUCACCUGAUGAUGUGUCUUUGUCACCGCUUUCUGAGACACCAGAAUCCAACCUCUUACAUUCUGAAACAGAGCUAGAAGAGCAGUGCUGUUGUAGUUCUCAUAGUUUGCAUGCCCUUUCCUAUAGCUUGCAAAUGCAGAAAACCACUAGUAUUAAAAACGUGAUGGAAGCAUCUGAUCUCUUAACAAAUUCUGCUUAUGCUGAUGCUACAAAUAGAACAGAAAGCUUAUCAGAUCAGUCUGAGCUGUUUUGUAUCUCUUCAACAGAUUCUGGUCCGAAAGUCAGAGCCAUAUCUCCUUUGACGUGUAGCUUACAAGGAAUAUCUGAAGCUGGCUAUGCUUCCUGCACUAUAAAUGCCAAACCAGCGUGUAGCAUGAUGAGUGAAGUGUGCAAAACAGGUUUGCAACACCCUGAAAUUCAUAAAAGCAUGGCAGAAACACAAGAACAAUUGCAUGACUUGAAUAACUGUACUAAAACCCAGGACAGGCUGCAUGCUUUGCCUGAUGCAUUCUCAGGUUUCGUGUUUCAAUCAGACACCACCAGAACCUGUCAGAGGCAGAUGGUCACCCGAGAAGAGAUUAAAAGUUCAUCAGAAAAGAACAGCAUGGCCAGCCUGACUGGACAGGCGCCUAACUUCUCCCAGCUUCUGUCUAACAAAACCGUCAUGGAAGGUUCUCCAGUAACUUUGGAAGUAGAAGUAACAGGAUUCCCAGAGCCUACACUGACAUGGUACAAGAAGGGCCAGAAACUGACUGCAGAUGAUCACUUAAAGCUUUUACAAAAGGAGACAAAGCAUACUUUGUUCAUUCAGAAGGUGUGUGAUAAAGAUGCUGGCCUCUAUGUUGCUCGGGCUAAAAAUUUGAACGGCACUGUCUCAUCAAGUGCCAUUCUUCACGUGAAAGGUAACAGGCCACCUAUUACAAGAAUAGACUGGAUAAUGCUGUGUCUCAUCUAUAUUAGCAUAUCACUAAUGUACUGGCUAUUCACGAAAUAA